AUGGUAAAUAAAGCUGAUUAUCCACCAAACGUUCCUCCACCGGCUUAUAAUAAUGGUCCUACCACCUCUGGUCCUGGUGGCGUUGGUGGACCGAACACCAAUUUACCUGGUCAGACAUACUAUCAGCCUCCUCCUCUUAAUGAGCAACCACUACCUGGCCAGCCCCCGGUGCCACCUCCAGCCGGCGAACGAAAGAAUCCGGUGAUGACCUUUUACGCUCCUCCCCAGAACAGAUCUCUUGGGCUGAGACGAAGACUUUGUUCGGUUGUCUUGUGCUGUAUCAUCAUUGGUCUUGUUGUUGGGCUUGCUUCAGGCUUGACACGUCGGUCAUAUAAUUCUGGUCGGGGAAGAUGUCAAUGUCGAGUAAAUUCUGAUUGUUAUCAACGGUUUGGUCCAGGAGUCUAUUGUCAGUCUAAUUGCAUGUGUGGGCGUUAA